AUCACCAUGGCCGACUUCGUGCUUGCAGACGUCACGGCGACCCGACGACGCGCGACGCGGCGCUGGGCCAGCCCGCGCCGGCGCGCCCGGGGGCCGAAGGAUUCCGCCCUGGACGGCAUCAUUGCUGGCUUCCCCGCCGCUUACGCGGAAAAGGUGGGGAAGACGGGCGACGCGAU